AUGCUUGCAGCCUUGUUUGCAGGCUUGCGAUGCCUUGCUAUGUGGGCCCUGCGCAUGUCUCUUGCUGCCGUGCAUGCGACGGCACCCCUCGGUGGCUGGUGCCCUCUGUCCGCGAGUGAGUGCCAGGUGCAGCAACAAGAGGAAGAUGCAUUCCGGUUGAGCUUGAAAAGCUCAGUCAAGGCAUCAGAAUUUCUUUGGCUGUCUUUCGUCCGAAAUACUUGGCUAGACGACGCUGAGAGCAGACACUUUCACCUUCUGGAAAUCAUGCGGCAGCUGGACUGCCUCUUGACACUCGACUUCUGCCAUGUGCACAUGCCAGAGUUUGCCAGCAACUUCAACGAUCUCUGUACCAGUUUCAAGAAGGCCCUGCACGUACUGGCAGAAAUCCGUCCGAUCUCUGACUCCGACGAGCUCUUGGCGAUGGCUUUUGAGGUGCUGCCGGAUCAUCCAUGCUUCGCGAAUGAUGUUGAGGAGAAAAUCUAUCCAGAGCUGCAUGACCUCCUGCGGCACGCUGUUUACCUUGAUGUCGGAGCCAUCGACGACAGUUUCCCAAUCGUUCGUGUCCCUCGCGCGACGGUGCUGCUGAGCCCGAGCAACGUCUGCGCGAGAGAAGACCUGCUGUGGUGGUAUGCGUCGCCACGGCUGGAGGACGUCAUGGCUCAAGAUGCCUUUCGGGCAUUGACCAGUCCCAGCAGCUCAAGAGCACGCUGGCUGAUCAACGUUGGAGCUGGAGACGGGGACUGCGUCCACGAUGCAUUACGGCAGGAUGGCCGAUACCAACGUGGUCCUGAAGACGGUAACGAUCCAGCCAGCUGCUUGCUUCUGGCUCUACCGGAUCUGCGUGGAAUUCUUUUUGAAGGCGAUCAUGAGGCCUACCAGACACUGCAAGGCCUGCACCAACGUGACGGUGUGAAGUUAAAGCUCGAGCCUGCGACACCGCACAGCGUGCUGACGGCGGUGGAGGAGUUUCGGCACACAGAGAUGGGGUAUCCCGCCGCGGCUUCCGACCUGUUGCUAGCAAAGGUGGACGUGGAUAACUGUGAUUGCUGCUUUGUCGAGGCACUCCUCAGUCGGCAGCUGCUUCCGAUGCUGAUCCAUGUCGAGGUCCACUCCUUUAUUCCACCCCCUAUUGUUUUCAGACCUUUCAAUUUCACAGCAGGUGUUGGAGACUCCCUCUUAGAGCUUGGCCAGGACAAGGGGCGCAGAGGGCAUUUUCUUCACUGCUCUCUUUCGGCUUUCACCGAGCUCCUGUUUCCGUUGGGCUACCACUUGGGGCAGCUCGUUGGCUUUGAUGCUGUUUUUAUCCAUAGGAACGCGAUGGCAACAAGCGUUCGUGCAGACGCCCACGAUGUUUUGCAUGGAAGUCGGGUCGAAGCUUUAUGGUAUGGGUGUCACUUUUGCCACCCACUCCGUGUUGCCAGCCCGGUCGAUGCACACUACUUCGCUGAGUUUCGUUACGACUACAGGCGCUGGAACGACCCAGAGGUCUCAGCAUCUGUUCGCACAGAGGAGAUACGCGGCUACUUGGAUUUGUGGACAACCGUAGAAAUCCCAAAUUCCUGCGUCGUGCUUGGGCAGGGAAGCGGCCCUUCGCCAGAGGCAUGGCGUGACUUCCGGGCCCAGCUCAUCGCCCGCGAGGAGGCGGAAGCAACUGGUCGUGAGAAGCGAACCGUGGCUCCAAAGAAUGCGCAGCUCUUGCGCAGUCAGAGUGAGGACGACAGAAGCGAGUACAUGAAUGGUGCCUGGGCGCACGUUGCUCCGGUGGAGGUAGGCGGACUGCUCUGCCGCAGCCCACUUCCUGCCCAGAUCACCUGGUUGAUGCGCCAGAACAGCAGCGAUUUCGUCUGGGCUCGACGGCUCCGAGAGCGAAUCCUUCAGGAGCUGCCGGAGGUCUCCGGUCGGCAACCUGAGGAGCUCUUUGAGACCUGGUCGCAAAACACGAUGUUCUGUUACAAGGUAGCUGACAAGCUGACAGAAACUGCUCUCAUGGAAAUAGCUGCCAGCGCAAAGCAGCGUGGAAUUGACAUGCGUUCUCUGGAUGAGGCAGGCCGUGAGCUGGUGAUGCUGUACGGAAGCAUGGAGCGCACAUGGCAGUCGGUGUGCCUCGUUCUCCGCGCCGCUUCCACCAGUUGCGCUGCAGAGGCCGUCGCCAUAAAUCGCCCAUUCGCCAGGUCAGUGAACAACGAAUUAGCGCAGUUCCUCCUCUUCGGGUCGCGGCCUGCUGAAGGCGAAGAGGAGCAGAGGCUUCAGUACCGCUUUCUGGAAGCUUUCGGCGACAAUGCUGCAGUUUACGUUGGCGGUCCGGAGAUGCAGAGCGGACCAGGACUUCUGAUCCACGGCUUUGAGCUCGAAGGGUCAUCGGAGCUGGCACCGGGAACUCGCAUCUACCAAGGAGGUGUCGAGGCUGCUAUCGACGGGAUACUUGCUGGAAGGUACUCUCCUUUAGAUUUCCGGUGGUUCGUUGGCCGACACUUGGACCUGCGCACGGAUGACUUCGCAUGGAUCUCCAUGGCUUCUGCACGGCCGUUGACGUUGAAGCAAUGCCUGGGCCUGCCGAAGCCGCUCUGGCACGAGGUGAUGGAGCUCUGCGGUGGGGAAUACUCCGAUCUGAGCCGUGUGGAGCUGGUGCAGCGUGCAGACUUGGACGAGGACGUCCGAAAUGGCGACGAACAAGAUGAUUCCAGAAAUGCUCUGCGUGCUGGGCGCCAGCGAUCGCAGAAUAAUCGCCGGCAAAGCAACACUGUCAGGACAGUCGCUGACUUGAUGCGCAAUUGGCGCACCUACGGCGCGGAGGAUACGAAGGCGAAGGACCAGGAGCUGAACGAGGGCCGGCAUCUGCUGCAGGCCAGCGAGCAAGGUUCGGACUUCGCCCUUCACAGCAAGGUGCUUUCAGGCCUGGGAGCUCUUGGAGAGCGUCUGCAUGACGAGCUGGACCUGACUUUUAAGGAAACACGCCAAGUGGUGCCUUAUGAUUGGGACUCUACCAACGCCGUUGGGGACGCCGAACUCGAAGCAGCUGUCCGCACGGGCGAGGAGGUUACGAUAUCGUUGGAGAUGUUGGGCACCGUGCGCACGCAGUACGGAAAGCGAAUCCUUGAAGCCAUGGCAUUUCGGGACGAGAUUUGUGCCGACGUGGGAUUGCCGACUCACCUUCCGUUCGAUCAGGGCGUCCUUUCUCCACACCUGCCAGUGAAAAGCAACGUCAUCUCAUAUGCGCCCUGGUGGGUGUCUGAGAGCAGCAACGAGCACCUUGGAAAUCGUGGAAGCUUUGUCUUCUCAGAGAGCGCCCGGCCAGAACUUCUGGCAUCCAAGUUCCGUGUUGCCCUGAGCCUCUUGACCGACCCUCUGUUGCCGCUCGUGGCACCACUGCCGCCUUUGCCCCUGCCAGCUCCGACCUUGAGGGUACCAGCACCAGCACCGGCUUGGCAACCUGUCGUGAGCCCCAAGCAACGUGAGCUCUCUGAGCCGGAGAAGAUGAACGGGCCAGUGCUCGACACAGCUCCGAGUCUGAGCUCGCCGCGUCGGGUCUCGAAGCAGCCGAAGCGUGGUGCAAGACGGAGCUCCAUGAAGAGCACGAAGAAGGCUUUGGACUUCACUUUCACGGUGGUCUUCACAGGCUACGAUCACGAGAAGCAUGCUGAGUUUGAGCUGGUUCCGCGAUUGAUUGGCAAGCGCGGCUGCAACAUGUUGCCUAUCCAGAACAUCGGGGCUGCCGCCCGUGUGUGUGGCCGAGGCAGCGGCUACAAGGAAGUCCAUACUGCUGACGGGCAAACCAUCGAGAGAGACGAGACACUCCAGCUUGCCGUGGCCUGCCGCACGAGCGAGAUGCACGAGGCAGCCCUUCGUCUUGUCCAGCCUCUUCUCAAUGACCUCUCGCAUCACUUCCGUCGUUUCUGCCGAAAGAAAGGACUCGAGUGCCCCGACCUGUACAUCCUGGCUGCCAAAAAGGCUCCCUGCCUGCCUUGCUUGGACAGCGGCAGCAUCGCCGGAAGGCGUGAGUCGUGCCGCCUGCAGAUGGCGGAUGUCGCUAAGCUCCGUCAUGAGCUGAGCAGGGUGGUCCUCUGA